AUGCCGGUCUGUCUCACAUCUAAGGCCUUAACCCUCUUCUUCCCCAAGGAGUACAAGCAGAAAAAAACCAUCAAAUUUAGCUCCAAGCUGGGUGUGCUAACGGAGGAUCGGAAGAAAAUACGGGGCAAAGGAAAUAAGUCCCACGGAAAGGAACGGGAUCGAGUCAACUGCAGACGAUUUUCUCUGCGCUUGAUUUUGGAGAACUUACGGGAAGGAGUCAAGACUGAGAACAACGAUCAUAUUAAUUUGAAGGUGGCGGGGCAGGAUGGUUCUGUGGUGCAGUUUAAGAUUAAGAGGCAUACACCACUUAGUAAACUAAUGAAAGCCUAUUGUGAACGACAGGGUUUGUCAAUGAGGCAGAUCAGAUUCCGAUUUGACGGGCAGCCAAUCAAUGAAACAGACACACCUGCACAGUUGGAAAUGGAGGAUGAAGAUACAAUUGAUGUGUUCCAGCAGCAGACAGGAGGUGUCUACUAAAAAGGGAGCCUGCUUCUUUACUCCAGAACUCUGUUCUUACAGACCAAGAUUACAUUCUCAAUUAGAAAACUGCAAUUUGGUUCCACCACAUCCUGACUACUACAGUAUAGUUUUCUUUAUUCUUUCAUUUUCCCCUUCCCCAUUCCUUUAUUGUACAUAAAGUAACUGAUGUAUGUGCACACGCAUAUUGCAAUUUUUUUUUUUAACUAAAUGGCCAAUGGUAUGUUUUGAUUGACAUCAAGUGGAGAUGGGAUGGGAACAAAUACUGGUUCUGUGAAAAUACCCCCUUUCUCCAUUAGUGGCAUGCUCAUUCAGCUCUUAUCUUUAUAUUACAGUAAGUUAUUUUGCUCUCACUGUUUUAACAAAAAGACAACAACAUAAAAAGAUCCUUGCAUACCUUGUUCAAUUGGAGAAUUUUAAUGUUUUCAUUUAUCAUUGUAAAACCAAUGACGAUUUUAUAACUUUUUUGUACGUAGCUGUUACAUGUAGGGCAAUCUGUCUUUAAGUAGGGAUAAAUUACUCUAAAAAAAAAAAGAAUCCUAGAUAGUUUUCCCUUCAAGUCAAGCGUCUUGUUGUUUAAAUAAACUUCUUGUUUAAAAUGA